AUGAAUAUCAAUAUAAUACAAUUGGAUAUCUUUAAAGGUUCAUUAUAUUCAGUAUCAUACGAUCAAAAUAAGCUAUUUCAAUUCGAUUUAACAAAUAGAACGAUAACAGAUCACCAAAUUGAUAUUUCACCAUGGUCAGCAUGUCAUGAUAACAAUGGAAACUUCUUCAUAUUAGAUUCAACAAACAAACGAUUCAUCAAAUACAAUGUUGAAACCAAACAAAUAAUCAAUCUCAAUGCAAUUCCUUUAACAAAUUUACAGUUUUCUAAUUUGAUAGAGUGGUGUGCAUCUACAUCAAUUACCAUUCCAAUCUCCAUCCAACCAUCACUCGAUAACAUUACAAGUGGUAAUGUACCCUGUCCAGAUACAACCAAAUUGGUUUGUACCGUUGGAAAUGGAACUGGUUCCAAUCUGCCAGUUCUUCUGGUCUAUAUUAAUGGUGUGACAAAUCCAGCUUCCGAUAAAUUGUUCUUUAGCUAUCAAGCACCCACUGUCAAAGAUGUUGGAAUCAACGAGAACAACUUGACUAUCAAUGGUACCAACUUUAACUACCCUCUUUCAGUAGUGGCAACUAUCAACUCCACUAUGAUCACUUGUACCAAUCCCUUUUGGGAGCAUCAUAUGGUAUUAAAUUAA